AUGAGAACGACGCGGUCAAUGCCCAUGUCGGACUUUGCCUCCCUCGACGCGGGCGAUACAGAGUCUAUCCUCUCGCUGUUAAGAAGAGUCCUCGUGGAGCACAGCGGCUCCCUCGACAGUGCCUUCCGCUGGCUGGACUUCACCCACAGGCGCAACAUCGGGGCCUUCCAGUGGGACAACGGUCUCCGCGUCUUGAACCUGCAAGGACCCCUAAAAGAGAUCAAGACGCGGAAGCUCUUUCAGCUGAUAGCCGUGAAGCACAAAGGAAGUUAUGCCAUCACGCCGAAGGCGUGGCGCAAUUUCUUCGAGUACGAGGCCGGCAGCGAAUCCAAGGCUGGCGCGGACGGGGAGCUGAAGGCCGCCAAGGCGAUGAAGAAGGUGAGGAGCAUGAGGGCCAAGGCGGAAAGCGCGAGGGAGACUGUCGACGACCUUGAGUCCUACCACUCCUCCGACUCGCCAGACUUGGACGGGGUGCUGAACAUGGCGCUGGCGGACGACGACCCGGGCGCCAAGAGGCUGGCGCCGAAGCAGAGGCACCUGUCCAGGCAGCUGGUCCCCAGGGACAGGGACAUCGCCGAGGAGCUGCAGCUGCAGGAGGACAUCAAACGUAUGGACUUCCAGGGCGUCAAGGCGCUGGCCUACAUCUUCACGGUCAAGCUAGGCUCCCUGGAGAAGGCGUUCAGGUGGCUCGAGGGCGUCGGCAGAUACGGGUACUUCAACAACGUGCAGUUCGCAACGGCAGAGCUGGUC